AUGGAUCCCAAUAACAACCCCAACAACCGCAACAACAUGAAUUACGGGUACAAUGACCGCAACUAUAACGCGGCUAACAGCCGCGCCUAUCCCACCACCCCGUCCGCUUUUCCCCAGCCGAUCUAUCAGACUCAGGGGGCCCAGGACCAUGUCGACCCCUCGAACCCGGCCUACGCUCCUGGCUACUUCAUGGCCAGCCAUUACCCGCCCCAGAACCAAGCCCAGGCCCAGUAUGUUCAACAGCAACAGCAACAGCAAUACGCGCAGCAACAGAACCUGCAGUCACCGCAGGCCGCCUACCAGAACCGCAUGGGCUAUGCCAAUGACGGUACCAAUGGCCUCAUCCAACAAUUCUCCAAUCAGGAUCUCAAUGCCAAUCCGCAGGGCCAGGCCCAGGCCGCACACUUGGUUCCUCCCGUGCCUCGCAGCCCUCGUCCGCCGGCCGAGAAUGAGGAGUUGCAGCGAUUCCCUGACCGAUACUCCGAGAAUGUGCACAAGCGGGGUAAAGCUGCGAAGGAAUUGGUGACAGUCUUCUUCCACGAGAAUAUCGAACGUGCUCGGGAUCGUAACAUGCGAUCUGUGGACCUUGACAAAACCCUCCGAGACCCCAACGUUGCUGCCGAGAAGAAGAGCGAGGAUGCCGAAGUGAUUUCGAAGAGAGAGUCAGACUUUCUUCGAUUCCUUCGAACCAAGGAAACUCCUCAAAACUUCCAGACGAUCAAGAUCAUUGGAAAGGGUGCUUUCGGUGAGGUGAAGCUGGUGCAGCGCAAGACCGACGGCAAGAUUUAUGCCCUCAAGUCUUUAAUUAAGACGGAGAUGUUCAAGAAGGACCAGCUUGCGCACGUUCGAGCGGAGCGUGAUAUUCUAGCGGACUCGAAGGACAACCCAUGGCUGGUGAAGCUGCAUGCUUCAUUCCAGGAUGCGGCUUACUUAUAUCUGCUGAUGGAAUUCUUACCUGGUGGUGAUCUGAUGACCAUGUUGAUCAAAUACGAGAUUUUCUCAGAGGAUAUUACUCGCUUCUACAUGGCAGAGGUUGUGAUGGCCAUUGAAGCCGUCCACAAGCUUGGCUUCCUUCACCGUGAUAUCAAACCCGAUAACAUUCUUCUUGACCGUGGUGGCCACGUCAAGCUCACUGACUUUGGUCUCUCGACUGGAGGCAAAAAGACCCACGACAACGCUUACUACCAGAAUCUCCUUAAGAACUCGACAUCAAAGGACCGCAACCGCAACUCCGGCUACUUCAACGAUGCCAUCAAUCUGACCGUCUCCAAUCGUGGACAGAUCAACACCUGGCGAAAGUCUCGUCGCGCCAUGGCAUACUCAACUGUUGGAACUCCUGACUACAUUGCCCCCGAGAUCUUCAACGGCCAAGGAUACACAUACCUGUGCGAUUGGUGGUCUGUCGGUGCUAUUAUGUUUGAAUGUCUUGUGGGUUGGCCUCCGUUCUGUGCUGAAGACACCACGGAUACAUACCGUAAGAUUGUGAACUGGCGUGAAUGCCUCUACUUCCCUGAUGAGCUGGUUCUCUCGCGUGAUUCCGAGUCGUUGAUUCGAAGCUUCCUGUGUGACCCUGAGCACCGUAUUGGCAAUGACGGUGGUCAACAUGGCGGUGCAACCCAGAUCAAGAAUCACCCCUUCUUCCGGGGUGUGGUGUGGGAGCAGCUGCGGAAUAUUCGCGCACCAUUUGAGCCACGCCUCAGCUCGAACAUUGAUGUGUCUUAUUUCCCUAUCGACGAGAUUCCACAGGAGGACACCAGCGCCAUUCACCGUGCUCAGGCCCGUGCCAUGCCGGACUCCCAGGAAGCGGAGAUGAGCCUGCCCUUCAUUGGGUACACCUACAAGGCUUUCAACGCUUUCCAGACAAGUUAG